CGGGCCGCAGAGACCGGCUCGGGCUCGGCCGGCUCCGGCGGGUGGGGACGCGGUGCGCGUUGCCCAUCGGCCGCACUGGCCGCCUAGUACUCCGCGAGGGGCGUGUACCCGAGCCGCGUACUGGCGGGCUCCAUGUUCACCGAGCUGAGGUCAAAACUGAGCCCCCCGCGAGCUCGCGCCGGGGCUGUGCGUACAGGCUUCGGGGAGCGCCCGGAUGUAGACGCCACUGCCCAUUUCAGCUUCUGCCAGACCCUCCUAGAGCACACAGUGUCGGCUGAGAACAUACCCUGCCACCUGCCUCGGACACCAGGCACCAGCCUCACCUGGCAUGACUCCCGUAGCCAGAGGGCAUCCAGCAGCAGGCCAAUCAAGCUCCUUCAACAGCCGGGCUCAGAGAUCCCCCAGGCCCGGCUAUACUCUGAUCACUAUGGCUUGUACCAUACAAGCCCUUCCCUGGGUGGCCUGACGAGGCCAGUGGUCUUGUGGAGCCAGCAGGAUGUUUGCAAGUGGCUCAAGAAGCAUUGUCCUCACAACUACCUCGUCUAUGUCGAGGCAUUCUCCCAGCAUGCCAUCACUGGCCGAGCUCUACUUCGACUGAAUGCAGAUAAGCUGCAGAGAAUGGGGUUGACCCAAGAGGCCCAGAGGCAGGAGGUGCUACAGCAGGUGCUCCACCUGCAAGUGCGCGAGGAGGGGCGGAGCCUGCAGCUGCUCAGCCAAGCUUCCUUCGGAAACAUGUCCUAGCUGCUGCCUAGUCUUGGACCCCAGACCCCAACACUGUGACCAGAGCCCACAGCCAAGGAUGAGGCAGAGCUGGCCCUACAGCCCCUUUGGAUCCUGCAAGAUACACUAGUGGCUAAACUUAGCCCAGUGAACAGGGAGAGGACAGGACUGCCAGCUCCAGGAUCUUCUGGAGAGGCGCUAUAGGUUCUGUCCUCUGGCUGGGUGGGUGGUUGCUGACUGCUUGAAGACCCUUCUUCUGGGAUCCAAGCCCAGGUCCACCCCCUGGUGCUGCUGGCAGCAAGCAGGGCAGCUGCCUAGAGCAAGCGUGGGGUUUGAAUGUCCCCAGACUCCCAGGGAGUCUGUUUUAUUUAUGCUCCCUCCAACAUGUGACCAUCCCCCAUCCUCUGAGUCCUGAGUCCUCCCUUAAGUGUUUCAAUUCUGUGUUUUCCCCAGGCACGUCCAGGUCAGCCACACAGCGGGACAAGUUUUCUUGACUCUCUUUUCAGGUGUAUACCUUCCCUAACCUUCUCAGAGUACAGCAGGCCCAACCUGUUGUCCACAGUGAUGGUCAUCAGCCCAGCUAGGUAUGAUGCCAUGUGUGUCACUCAGUGACUAUGAGACUUCAGCAUAUUCUAUCCAUUCAUGAGAACUGAAGUUGAGAGGGGUCCAAAGUCAGUAUGUGGUACAGCACAGACUCCAGUGCUGCACAGGUGGCUCCAUGCAUAGCCCACCAGUUCAGCAAUGUUCUCAACCUUACCUUUGAAGAAGUCUUGCUUUUAAGCAUCUUCCCUAUUCUCUGGCUCUUAGAGACCACCUUGAAGAAACAUGUGUGUAUAUACCCACACACCUCUCUACAGCUUUCCCAAGAAGACCUGUAUAAUUUUUCCAAGAAAAUUAUGGAGGGCUGUUCCUCUCAGGUGUCACCAGACACCUGAACAACUCUUCCUGCGGUAGUGCUGCCAGAGGAGGGAUAGCAAGGAUGUCCCUGGCAGCUCCCUCUCAAUCUGCCAUCUGCUAACUCUCCCAGGGACCCUAAAAUCUCAGGGACAGUUGAGGCUUGGCCUCCAGUCCCCUCUGUGUGCCAGAAGCUGGCCUCAAUUCAAGGUUGCUCAUUAUUGUUAAUUUAGGCCACUGACCUGGCAUCUCCCAUCCUGUAUGCCUUCCACCCAUGGGAGGGCCACCUUGUUGUGUCUGCCUGCUUUUAGAAUCCCCCAGUCCUUGUUCCUGCAACCAGAGAGCUCUCUUUCUCGCUUGCUCUCUCUCUCUGCCCCCUUUCUCUCUCCUCUGUCUUUUCUAUCCUAUGCUUCUGUCCUGUCUUCCUUGGU